UCUAGAACGUAAGAGAUAUGAUUGAUGAUGAAGCCCUGGGAGUCAUUGCCAAUUUUCUCGGCAUCUUGAUUUUUGCUUUGGUUAUAGCUUAUCACUUAGUCACAGCAGACCCCAAAUAUGAAGCCAGCUAAGAUAUAUACUUUGAAUUUUAUCUCUGAUAUGUAUUCAGUUUUGCUGAUUGAAAGGUUCUAUGUAUGACUUUUUGAUGAAACUAGAAUUUGAUUGAGGCUUAUCAUACCGGCUGAAUCUUCAAUACUUUGGAGUCGAAUGUUAACCAUGUUUUUGUAUAUCUAGAUUAGCUAUGGAUGCUUAAUGGUACAAUGCGCACGGAAUUGUUUGAAUGAACUAAUUGAGAAUGUGAA